CUUCCCAGCCGCCCACUCGGCGGGCGCGGCCGCUCCGUCUCCCUCGCCGACGGGCCGCGGCAGUCCCGGCUUCGCUGGCUCCGGAGCCGCUUGGCAAGUAGAGAUGGACCAAAGGCUGCCUCAGCUUGUGGAGGACCUCACAACUUCAGGGGAACCACAGCUGGAUCCCAAGAAAAUGAAGGCGUUAAAGAAGAUAUGCAAGUCUUCAGAAGAGCAUAUUAGUCAUGUGUAUCACCUGCUGAUGACACAGCUAAAUGAAGAGCAUGCUGAGAUACGUCUUUCAGCAUUUCAAGUUGUGGAUGAACUCUUUACCAGGUCACAUCAGUUUAGGACUUUAAUUAUUUCAAACUUCCAAGAAUUUUUGGAGCUCACGGUGGAAACAGAUUAUGAUCAGCCUCUUCCUCCACCAAACGAAGUAGCACAAAAACUUAAAAAAGCUGCUAUUAAAUCUGUACAAGAGUGGCAUGAGAAAUAUGGAGAAGCCUACAAGAAACUUUCUCUAGGAUACCAUUUCUUAAAACAGAACAAGAAGGUGGAUUUUCAUGAUGUAAGUGCCAGAACUCUAGCUGAAAGGAAAAGAGAUGAAGAGAAACAAAGACGAUUGGAUACUAUUUACAAAGAUAAAGCCAAAAAAACUGAGAGGGAAAUGGAAGACAUGUCCCAAGAAAUCCAAGCUGUGCUGACGGAGAUAGAGAAUUGUUUUCAGCUUCUGAUGCCUGAUCCGUUUGGCUUCUUGGUGAAUGACACUGAAACAGUUGAUUGGAGGACAGCUGAAGUGGACAAAACUGUUUCCUGUUCAUCUGUGCAGAUGGCAGAUCAGCAGCCACCUUCCCUUGAUGAUGAGCAGCCUUGUUGCAGCAAGGAUCUUUCUCCCAUCUCUCUGGUUCCAAAAGCUGAUAACAGAGUCUUGAAUAGGGAAUCGGAGGAAAAUGUGGGCAUAAAAGAAUGCUUAGAAUCAGAAUUGACUUCUGCUGGCACUAGUGAAGAUAACGAUCAUACAACCUUUGUUCGGAGUCAUGGUCUUGGCUCUCAUAAGUACACUCUCAAUCUUGAAAUACCUACAGAUGUGAAACUGCAUGAGAAUGAAGACAAUACAGCCAUAAUAAGUAAUGUUAUGGAUGCUUAUAAGCUUAUCAGAAACAAAUUUUUGCCUUCUGUACAAUCUUGGAUUCAGUUGUUCACAAGGGCUGGAAUAAGUGAUGAGCGCUUGAGACAAGCCAUCGACCUUAAAAAUAAAUUGGAGACUGCUUUGGAGAAACACAAGAAAAUGAAUAUUGACUUUAAAGAGAGGAACAAGAAAGUGAUGGAAACUGCAGUUGAUGACGAGGAUGAUGACGAUGAGGGGUUUGUAGAAGUGCCUGAGAAGGAGGGCUACGAGCCCCACAUUCCAGACCACCUUCGUAAGGAAUAUGGUCUGGAGCCUCUAACACCACCAAAACCCUUAGCAAAACAGAUACCAAAGAAGACCUCUGUGGUGACCUCCCAUUUCCUACCUAAAAGAAAUGAAGAAGAACUUGAUCCAACCUGUGCCGCUGCAACAUGGAAAAUUAUGCAAGAUAAACUGCCUAAAUUACAGACUCCAGAUGACAGAAAUUCUGAACAAUCAUCUUCAGAGGAGUCCAACAAUAAACGUGAAGAAGAGAAAGCCAGGGCUCCUCUUGUGCCUUUUGGGUUAGAUAUUUUCUACUGGGGCCAAGAACAACCAACAUCUGGCAACAUUCUUAAAUUUUCUUCUCAGCAUCGCUUUUGGGCACCCAAUGAAGUAGAAGAAGAAGUGGAAAACAAAGAAAUUGCAGAAAUGCUGAAAAGCAGAUGUAUAACGUUUGCUGGCAAGUUUGAACCAGUGAAACAUAAAUGCCGGGCAGCAAUGCCUAAUGGUGGCCUUUGUGAAAGGCAGGAUAGAUUUAAGUGCCCUUUUCAUGGAAAAAUAAUUCCCCGGGACGAAUCUGGGAACCCUGUUAAUCAAGAGGACCGAGACAGGGAAGCAAAGGAACAAUUUGAGAAAAAAGAAAAACAGCCAGAGUGGCAAGAUCCAGAAUUCAUGAGAGAAGUUGAAGCAGCCACCGGAGUUGAUCUUGGAUCCUCUCGGUAUAGUGAAACAGGAAAAGGAGGAAAAAACAAAGGGAAGAAAAAGAAAUUCCCAAACCUGACAGAUCUGAAGCAGCAAGCAAACACUUGUCGUUCCCGCCUGGAAAAAAAAGUUUUCAAUAAAACAGCAAUGAAGCGAGUGGUGAAAGCAAUGAAUCGAAUGGAUGAAAGAAAACAUGAAAAGUUUGCAAACCAGUUUAACUACGCACUGAAUUGAACAUCAUAAAUGGCAAGACUGAGAAAGCAUUUAACAAUGCUGCAGUUCUUAAAGUUCUGUAUAUAAAACAUUGGAAUAUUUAAUUAGUAUAAAUUUGGAUAAUCUAAUAUAUUUGAUAAUGAACAUGAAUUUUUAUUUUAAAAUGCUCAUAAUUCUGACUCUGUGUGUGUAAAUAAUACCCUCAAAUAUUAAACAGAAGGCAAAUAGCUUUCCAACAACACUGA